UUCCUCCUCCGUGGCCUUCGUGGGUCUGGAUCCUUCCUUGCCCGCUCGGGUGCCGUGCGUUUGCAGUCUGCAGACCCCGAACCUGACCCCUUCUCUUCGUAUCCGGAUCCGGGCUCCUCCUCCCCUCCCCAAGACCGGGGUUCCGGACUCCUCCCCCCAAGACCGUCCAUCCGACCUCUUCUCCCGCAGUAUUUAAAAAUCUGAUCCAUUCUCCUUAAUUCCGCUGAUCCAGCCCCUAAGAACCAUAUCCCGACCCUAAAACAAUGGGCUGACUCCUACCCCCUUGCCGAGGAUCCAGGCCACCUCCCCCUGCGGUGACGAGGAUAACUUGUUCCCGUCCAGGAAUUGCAGAAUAGGCUCCUUUCCCCAACUAUCUCUCCUCCCUCUGCCUUACCCCAGUCUAGACCUUCUUUUCUUAUAACAAAGAUCUGGGCUCCCAGACCCGCGGCACCUCAGAACCCACGCUUUUCUUUCCCACUUGGCUCCUCCAGCGAACCCUCCCCAUGUCCUGUGUCUACAGGUCCCCAGCCUGGGAAAAGAUGGCCCCACGGGCCCCGAGGGGCCUAGCGCCAGCCCUGCUCUGGGGCCUGAGCCUCUUCCUUGGCCUCCCAGGCCCGGUCUGGGUCCAGCUUUCUCCGCCUCCCAAGUCUUCUUCCCCCACUGAGCCCCAUCCAUGUCAUACCUGCCGGGGACUGGUCGACAGUUUCAACAAGGGCCUGGAGAGAACCAUCCGGGAUAACUUUGGAGGUGGAAACACUGCCUGGGAGGAAGAGAAGUUGUCCAAAUACAAGGACAGUGAGACCCGCCUGGUAGAGGUGCUCGAGGGCGUGUGCAGCAAGUCGGACUUCGAGUGCCACCGCCUGCUGGAGCUGAGUGAGGAGCUGGUGGAGAGCUGGUGGUUUCACAAGCAGCAGGAAGCCCCAGACCUCUUCCAGUGGCUCUGCUCAGAUUCCCUGAAGCUCUGCUGCCCCUCAGGCACCUUUGGGCCCUCCUGCCUUCCCUGUCCUGGGGGUGCGGAGCGGCCCUGCGGUGGCUACGGGCAGUGUGAAGGGGAAGGAACUCGAGGGGGCAGCGGGCACUGUGACUGCCAAGCCGGCUAUGGGGGUGAGGCCUGUGGCCAGUGUGGCCUCGGCUACUUUGAGGCGCAGCGCAAUGCCAGCCAUCUGGUAUGUUCGGCUUGUUUUGGCCCCUGUGCCCGCUGCUCAGGACCUGAGGAAUCAAACUGUUUACAGUGCAAGAAGGGCUGGGCCCUGCAUCACCUCAAGUGUGUAGACAUUGAUGAGUGUGGCACAGAGCGAGCCAGCUGUGGAGCCCACCAGUUCUGCGUGAACACGGAGGGCUCCUAUGAGUGCCGAGACUGUGCCAAGGCCUGCCUGGGCUGCAUGGGGGCAGGGCCUGGCCGCUGUAAGAAGUGUAGCCCUGGCUACCAGCAGGUGGGCUCCAAGUGUCUCGACGUGGACGAGUGUGAGAUGGCGGUGUGUCCAGGAGAGAACGAGCAAUGCGAGAACACCGAGGGCAGUUACCACUGUGUCUGUGCUGAGGGCUACAAACAGAUCGAGGGCAUCUGUGUGAAGGAGCAGAUCCCAGAGUCAGCAGGCUUCUUCUCGGAGAUGACAGAGGACGAGCUGGUGGUGCUGCAGCAGAUGUUCUUCGGUGUCAUCAUCUGUGCACUGGCUACGCUGGCCGCCAAGGGUGACUUGGUCUUCACCGCCAUCUUCAUUGGGGCUGUGGCAGCCAUGACCGGCUACUGGUUGUCAGAGCGCAGUGACCGUGUGCUGGAGGGCUUCAUCAAGGGCAGGUAAUCCCUGCCACACCUGCAGCAUCUCCUCCUGCCCAGGCUGCCCCCAAGGUCGGGACUCUCCCACCUGGACACUUGAGGCACUUGCUUUAUUUUUGAGUGCGGUAAGCACCCUCUACCCACCUUAUGGAGCAGCGCAGACACCUGGGCCUGGGCAGGUGAGGCCCUUGGGUGAAAAAGUAGCCCUAUAGGUGGGUGCCAUGAGAUCUUGGCCUUGGGGCACUGGUCAGGCUUCACAGUGCUGUGAAUUUUUUUAAAAAGUGUCUCCUCGUUGUGGCUGCUCGUGAGCUUUGGCCCCUGCCCAGGAUGUGGGGGGAGGGUGUCCCUUCACAACCCCCUCCUGCCAGCUGCAUGCUGUCAGCUC